UAUUGAUAUUUGCAACUGGUGGACUACACAGAGUGAGAAAGACUUGGAAAAGGGAGUUUAUCUUUAUCCGAUACGUGUUGGGUGUCAAGUUGGACUAAAAUUUAGUGAUAUUGAAAAGGCACCUAGUCCCACAAUUACAUUUUUAUACAGACGUGUCUGUCAAAAUAAUAAUACAAAUUUUUCUGGCCUACAAGUUUUAGGUUGGGAUGAUCCUUAUAUGUUAGAACAAUCACUAACUGAUAUUGAAUUUC